UUUCCCCAGAACAUCUUGGCUGGGGCUUUGUUCGGGACAUGGUAUGGUCUUCUCCUCGCCUGUGUCCUCACCACAGUGGGUGCCACUCUCCGUUUCCUCCUGUCCCAGGCAUUUGGCAAGCAGCACAUUGUGAGACUCUUCCCUGACAAGGUGGCCAUGCUGCAAAAGAAGGUUGAGGAAAACAGAAGUAGCUUGUUCUUUUUUCUGCUGUUCCUGAGAUUCUUUCCCAUGAGUCCAAACUGGUUCUUAAAUAUGACCUCCCCAAUACUGAAUAUUCCAGUCACUCUUUUCUUCAUGGCUGUCUUCAUUGGCCUGAUGCCAUACAACUUCAUCUGCGUCCAGACGGGAUCAAUGCUGUCUCAAAUCUCCUCUCUGGACGACUUGUUCUCCUGGAGUGUGGUGUUGAAACUACUGCUUAUUGCCUGUGUUGCUCUGCUGCCUGGAGCUCUGAUCCGUACAUACAGUACUCGGCAUCUCCACCUGGAUGGCCAUGACACAAAUGGACUCAGUCAAGACAAGAAAAACCGAUAAGGGACAGUGUGGGGUCAGUGAUUCGAUCCCCCUUGGCUGCUUUGUGGGUGGCUACUAUUUGUAUUUAAAGUGGCUUUUAAGAGCUCUAAAAUCUUUUUUGUGGCCUCACAUUUUUAAAAAUGGAAAUGAAAGUUUUACAUAUUCUUUACUUGGAAGGCUGCUAUGCCGUUACUGGCAUGGAUUGAAAUGUAGUGAGGAAAAGGGACUUUUUGCUGCCUUUUUGGGAAGUUCUGUAUUUAUAUAUAUAAUAUUGGUGGUCUUGAAUUCUGAAUCCUGCCUUUAUGUACAAAUCACAGAAAUAUGAAACUGUUCAUCUGUCGGUUUUCACUUACUAUACAUACUGUACAUUUAUUCCAGUGCACAUCAGCUGUCCAUAACAGGCUUUUGUGGUUUAAAAGGUGUGAACUUUUGCAGCAAAAUAGACAUUUGAGGUAUUUGAUACUAUUCUUCUGUAUUUACAGACUGUAAUAUCAUGGAUUUUGGUUGUGGGUUACUGUCUUUAAAGUUUCACAUCAGCCUUAAAUGUGACCUACCUCACUGAAGUGAAAUGUUUACUAUUUUACUUUCUUGGAGUACUUGUAAAUAUUAAAACAUCAAGCUGUAUUUACACUAUUACACAUUAUUCACUAUGGGUUUUGUUUCUUUAUGGGGAAGAAGGCCGUAUGUGAAGUCCUGGCUGAUCACUGAAAGCCCAUCCAACUUGUGUUAAAAUGGUGAAUUAAAGCAAAUUCUUUUAAUUGUUUAUAUGUCAGUGGCAUUAGCAAUGCUGGGAGCAGAAUGUAGUAUUUUUAUUCACCGAACACCCACAUCGCGUGAGUAAAGCUGUUUACGAUGUGAUCAAUCAUCUGAUAAUAAACUCAUUCCAUUAGCUUCUGUCAGAACAUUUCAUCAUAUCUGCAUGCUGUGUUCAUUUCAAGCUAGUAUUCAUACGCAGUUGAUGAAUGUUAUGAAUGCCGUUUUAUAAUUAAAGAAAAAA